AAACCGCAUUGUUGAUUCUAUUUCUCGUUACCGUAACGUGCUAUGUCACACAAUAUUGGUGCAAUAAUUUUUCCCUUCUUCUUUGUUUCUUGCUGUGACAUACGUUAUAGGGACCAAAAACACUAGUUCCCCGUACUGAGAAAUAUCAGAUUUGCUACUCUUUCGAACGAACGAUUUCGAAAGACGUAAAAUGGCGAACGAUGAUCGUAUGAUGGCGCUACCUAACGGAGAGAGAUGUCGCUCUGAUAAACGUAAUGCCACUACCAACAGCUGCACUGCGCUAACCUGUGAUAGAGUGUAAACUGGUGCAGUGUAGCUUAUUCCAUUUUUUACCAUUUAUUAUUGUAUAGAUAUUAGUGUACAAACAUGAGGUGAUCAUACUUAAGGCUAACUUAAUAGCGAGGUGAUUAGAGCUGGUUUUUAAUUGUGAUAAAUAUACGAAAAUAUCCUAUCAAAAUGACAUCAUUUUUAACUGAUGUACUGAUCACAGCGGGAAAAUUGGAAAAAGUUAAUUUACAUGAAAAGAUAUCAGAAAUACAGGAAGAAAUAACGAAAUUAAAAUACGAUGUCAAAGAUUUUAUGGAUGAUAAUUAUGUCGAGUUUACGUCGAAACUCACGAAAGAUCAGCAUUUGGUAUCGAAGGGAGAAAAAUUACUCGAAGAAAUGAAUGCAUUGCAAAAGAAGAUAGAUACUCAGGUUAAGAUAGAAUUAUCUGGUUCUACGAAAGAAUUAAAAACUCUCUCUCAAGCGUUAAAGGAGUCGAACAUAAUGUUACAACUUUCCAAUCAACUCUUAACUCUACAUGAAUGCAUAAAAUCUGUAAAAAAUUACCAAGAAGAAAAACGAUACGUGGAUGCGGCUGAAACAUUAUGCCACAUGCAGACCAUUUUAUAUAAUCCGCAAACGGAUUUACGCGAUCUUGAUAUUUACACGGCGAUCGAAGAAGAAUAUUUAAAUCUGUAUACUUCAUUUUUGUCCGAUACGUCAACGUUAUUGCACGAGCGAAUAUGUUGGACUGGCGUCGACGAUAAAGACGCAAAGACUGUAACAUUGAACGUAAAAAAUGAGGUGGACGAUAUGCAGGAUUUAAUUCAGGGUUUGCACCGUAUCGAUAAUCUUUCGAGUCAUCUGCAUAAAUUCUCAGUGACGCUUAUGAAUCACAUGAUUAGUCCGAUUAUCAAUGAUGAUUGUUCUGUAUAUGUAAUCGACGAAAAAGUGUUCACCGUCGAAAUAUUAAACAAAAAGAAAUUACCCGGUUACAAAAGUGUACUCUACAAUUUGGAAUUAUUGUUUAAGUUUCUUUAUCAACAUUUUCAAUUUACAAUACACGAUGACCGAACAUUCCUGAAAGAAAUACAACCUCAUCUGCUCGAACGAUUAUCAACAUCGUUAAAGGAUGAUUGCAUUUCGCGAAUUACGCCAACAUCGAGCGCCGACUUGAAAAAUUUCACACCCAUUGUUCAAGCCAUCAAUGAUUUUCAGUAUUUCUUGGUCAAAAUUGGUUUUAUUACAAAUGAUCAACUCUUUUUAUCAGAAUAUACGAAGAAUAUUGAUAAGCUAUUAAUAAGAAAAAUUUGUCAGGAUUUAUUAGCGAAAGCGCGAACCAUUAUGAAGAAAGAUUUACAUGAUUGCAUUACAUACGAGCCGCAGAAGCCACUUGAAUUCCCAGAAGAUACAUACGAUUAUAACGAGAUAAAGGCGUAUAAAAAAUUAAGUGACGAUACGUUUCAGCUUCCUAAAUGUCAAAUAAGCACCAGCGCGAGAGAAACAUUAAAUCUCGCGAGAUAUAUCUUGGAUGAAGCUUGUAAUAGUUCGGAUACCUGCGCUAUGCAGCUAUUUUAUACUUGUAGAAAUGUUUUUGAAAUGUACGCAGGAUUGGUACCUGAACACCACCGAAAAUUUUUAGAAACAAUACCGCAGCAAGUCGCUAUGUUUCAUAACAAUUGCAUGUAUCUCGCGCAUCACCUGCUCACAUUGGGACACGAGUAUAGGGACAAAUUACCAGAAUCCUUGCAUAAUCUCAAUUUAACUUUCGCGGAUCAAGUAUUAGUAUUGAGAGAUGUUGGAUCAUCCUGCUUUUUAGAGCACAUGAAGUACCAACGAAAUAUUAUUUUUGAUAUUCUCAAAGAAUCUGGUUUAUCCGCUUUGGGUCAAACUUCCGAAUUACAUCCCAGUACUGAACGCGCAAUGAGACAGUGCAUUAGACAGCUGGAAUUAUUAAAAACAGUUUGGGUAGAUGUGUUACCUGUGAAUAUUUACUGUAGAGCUGUAGGAUGCAUUAUGAAUUCAAUGGUCGAAGACUUAAUAAUCAGAGUGAUAUCUGUUGAAGACAUUCCCGCUGAUGUUGCUACCGAAUUGGUAACAUUAUUUAAUAUGAUCGUUAAGCGUGCACCACAAAUAUUCCCGGUUCAUCAAAAGAUUCAUCAACAUGUUAGAAAGUGGGAGAAAUUUUUAGAACUGAUACAAGUUCUGGGUGCAUCACUAAAAGAAAUCGAAGUAAGAUGGGAUAACGGUAAAGGACCACUCGCGCGAGAAUUUACAGCACCCCAGGUUAAACAAUUAAUUAGAGCGCUAUUUCAAAAUACCGAACGCAGAUCAAAUUUAUUAGCUAGUAUAAAAUAAUGCUAAGCUUAAAAUUAUGUAUAUAAGAAAUAAACGAUUUGCAUUUAUUAA